AUGGCAGGCCUCGCCGCAGGCAAUCCGCUCUUUGACGAGCUCGACGUGGCGAGCAAGUCUCCCUCGCCCGCGUGCGAACUCGGUCUCAAUUCGACAAAGAAGAGAAAGCUCGCGUCCUCUUCGCCCUCUGCGUCUUCCGUCUCUUCCUCUCCCCCCUCCUCUUAUUCUGCCUCUUCGAGCGGCGCGUCUGCGCGCGGAGAAGCCCCGCCGUCGUCAGCCUCUGCAGCCGCGGCUCUCGAAGCCGCCGCCUCUUCUCCACCUCGCGCCUCCGCAGCCGACGUUGUUAAAGAAGGGCAGUACGUGGUUCUGGUCUGCUCUCUGGGGCGGCGCUUCGUUGUGCGCGUUCCGCUGGGCGACGAGGCAGGCGACGGCGAGGCCUCAGACGCGCAGGCGGCGGCCUGCGUGAAGCAGGGGGUGGCGGAGAGGGCCGCUCGUGGAUGUUUGUCGCGUUGGGUUUCCGCCGCCUCGCCGUUCGAUUUUCCGCUCUCGCUCCUUCCCGGUCACGCCUUCUACUCUUCGUUCCUCUGCUGCCGCGGAAUUUGGUCGCUUGAGACAGAGCAGACGCGCGUGGAUGACCUGCUGGCGAAGGCCGAUGCUGCAGAGGCAUCUUCUGCUGACGAGGAGGAGGGCGCCGGGGGCAGCGCCUGCGAAGGGGGAAGCAAAGCGAAGACCGGCGCCCAGAAGGCCUCGCGUAUGGCGCGGAACGGCCACGAAGAGGACAUCGAGGGAGACAACCGCGACAUCGCCGACAGCAACGACGCCCAGCACCUGACCGCAGGCAAAAUCGAGUGCCUCCGCGAAGAAGGGCUGCGAGGCGAAGAAGUGAUUCGCUUGCUGAUGAUGAACAGCACGACAUUUGAGAAGAAAACUAAGUUUGCGAAGGAAAAAUACAUUCGCAAAAAAAUGGCCCGCCACCUCAAGCGCGUCACAGUUCUCCCGGCGACCGUGCGCGAAGUCUGCGAGGCGUACUACGCCACCGACGCAACAAAAAUUGCGCAUCUGCGAAUGGAUUACCUGAGCUCGGUGCUUAUCAACGCCAACAUCAAGGGCGGCGACCGCGUGCUUGUCUUCGAUCAUUCCAUGGGACUUCUCUCCGGCGCAGUUGCACGGCAGCUCAACGGCGCGGGCCGGGUGUGGCGGCUGACCGACCGAGGGACCAGCGACAAGCUUGACGCCGAGCUGAAUCUGGCCCCCGCCGUCAGGCAGACGAUCUUCAACGUUCCGCUGGCCGCCGCGGAGUCGUGGCUAACGAAGCGCGAGCGCCUCGUGCGCGCCGCUGUGACGCCGACUGCUGCCAAGUCAGAAAGCGAGGCGUCGCCUGCCUCCUCGCCCUCUGCGGAGGAGGCGGCAAGCGCAGGGUCGAGCGCCGCCUCAGCGGCCUCGCAGGUGGAUGCUGCCACGCUUCCCGCGCCUCUCGCCUCCAACCGCUUUUACAGAGAGCUCGACGCGCUGCAUGCGGGCGUGGACAGCGCGAUUUUCAUUCUGGGCCUAAAAAAGAUGAUUCGCGCGACGCCUGCGGACGCGCUGCCAGCACUGCGGCAACUCGCUCACCGCCUCCUGCUCCUCGGAUUCAGACUCUUGAAGUCUGAGGGACGCUUGGUGGUUUUCUGCCACAACUGGGAAGUCGCCUCCUCCGUGCAUGCGGCCGCGGGCGCGUCGCGAGAAUUCGUUCACGUGCAGAUGCAGGAGUUCAUGCUGCGAGAGCAUCAGAUUCUGCCGCGGCGCACACACCCCGUGAUGAAUUCGUCGUUGCCUCUGUUUAGCGGCUUCGUCGUCUCAGCCAUCCGAAUGGAGCCCGACGCGUGA